GCUCCGUCCACGCAGAUGGGCACGCGUGCGCCCGGAUACCCUGCCAGCUCCCCUUUCCCUCGCCAGUUAAGCUGGUUGGGCUGCUGGGCAUAGAACGGGCAGCGGGGCACAGGGAGAAGGAUGUAAGGGGGCGAGGACCGGGGAAUAAGCACGAAUUAAGCGCUUACUUAAUAGCUGUUACAGCCUUUUUAUUAAGAAACUUGGAAACUGAAACAUUAUGAAUGUGAAUGACCUCAAGUGUAGGUUGUCCGAGGCUGGGCAGGAUCACCUAACACAGUUCUGGGAUGAGCUGGAAGAAACCCAACAGGAGGAACUUUAUGAAGAACUACAAGCCAUUAAUUUUGAGGAGCUGAACUGCUUUUUCCAAAAGGCCAUGAAAGGAUUUCAUCAGUCCUCUUGUCCAGAGAAGGUAGAUGCACGGAUGGAGCCUGUCCCUCGAGAAGUAUUGGGCAGUGCCACAAGGGACCAAGAGAAGAUCCAGCACUGGGAAAGGGAAGGGUUUCUUCAGAUUUCCCAAAACAAAGUGGCAGUUCUUCUUCUGGCUGGUGGUCAGGGCACAAGACUUGGUGUGGCAUAUCCCAAAGGAAUGUAUGACGUGGGUUUGCCGUCGCAUAAAACACUCUUCCAGAUCCAAGCUGAGCGCAUUUUGAAACUACAACAGCUAGUUGAAAAACAUCAUGGCAGCCAGUGCAUCAUUCCUUGGUACAUUAUGACCAGUGGCAGGACAAUGGAAUCUACAAAGGAGUUCUUCUCAAAGCACAAGUACUUUGGUUUAAAAAAAGAGAAUAUAAUCUUUUUUCAACAAGGAAUGCUACCUGCUAUGCAGUUUGAUGGGAAAAUUAUUUUGGAAGAGAAGAGCAAAGUUUCCAUGGCUCCAGACGGGAAUGGUGGUCUUUACCGAGCUCUUGCAGCCCAUGGCAUUGUGGAAGAUAUGGAGAAAAGGGGCAUUUGGGGAAUCCAUGUCUACUGUGUUGACAACAUCUUGGUGAAAGUAGCAGACCCACGUUUCAUUGGAUUCUGCAUUCAAAAAGGAGCAGAUUGUGGAGCAAAGGUUGUGGAGAAGACGAACCCUACGGAACCUGUUGGGGUAGUGUGUAGAGUUGAUGGUGUCUACCAGGUGGUAGAAUAUAGUGAAAUCUCACUGGCCACAGCCCAGAGGCGAAACCCCGAUGGACGGCUGCUGUUCAAUGCAGGGAACAUUGCCAAUCAUUUCUUCACUGUGCCUUUCCUGAGAGAUGUGGUCAACAUUUAUGAGCCACAGUUGCAGCACCACGUGGCUCAGAAGAAGAUUCCAUAUGUGGAUACCCAGGGGCAGCUCAUUAAGCCAGACAAACCAAAUGGGAUAAAGAUGGAAAAAUUUGUCUUCGACAUCUUUCAGUUUGCUAAGAAGUUUGUGGUAUAUGAAGUAUUGCGGGAAGAUGAAUUCUCGCCCUUGAAGAAUGCAGACAGUCAGAAUGGGAAGGACAACCCUACGACUGCGCGGCAUGCGUUAAUGUCUCUGCAUCAUUGCUGGGUCCUCAACGCUGGGGGCCACUUCAUAGAUGAAAAUGGGUCUCGUCUUCCUGCCAUUCCUCGCCAUGCUACAAAUGGAAAGUCAGAGAAGCUCACAGCUGAUGUCAAUCACAACUUGAAGGAUGCCAACGACCUACCCAUUCAGUGUGAAAUCUCGCCUCUUGUCUCCUAUGCUGGCGAAGGCCUUGAAAGUUAUGUGGCAGAAAAAGAAUUCCAUGCUCCUUUAAUCAUUGAUGAGAACGGUGUUCACGAGCUGGUGAAGAAUGGCAUCUGAGCUACCUGGCAGUGCCAUAUAUCCACAGGAGUGGGCUGGCUGGGAAGGCAUGUCGAGGGCAUUCAUUGAAGGCUGAAGUUUAAGAAUCCAUUGGGUUCAUUGUUUCACUUGUUCCAGCCAUUGUAAGCUCCCUGGAGAGUUCAGUGCCCAGGCUGAGAUUUCCUUCUGGUGUUUGGCUCAUUGAAGUUCUUAUUUAUAUUUUUUAUUGUACAUUUUUCUUCCCAGAAAAGGAAAACAUUGGCUCUACAAGGAAAUUUCCUCUGGCUUCAACACCAUCAAAGGUGUUUCUUGCUGUCUUACUCAGAAUUGAGGAACUUUUAUUUUUGAAGCUGUAUAUAGUAAUAAACCAUUGUACACGAA